GAUAAAUAAUUCAUAUUAAAAUUAAAAAAUUUAUAAAAAAUUAUCUCUUUUGAGAAAAAAAUAUCUGCCAAAAAAAAAAUAUGAAUGAAUUGCCCACCCACCUCCAUUCUUAGCACGAAAUCAUGGGAUUUUGAACAAAUUAAAAGUGUAUCAGUUACUCCUUUUUGUUUCUUUCUUACAUUAAUAAAAGUUUUCUUUUUGCGCUCAAUGACAGUCUGGAUGUUGUAAGCCACCAACAGCUUGCGGGUACACUUACGUGAACCCGACCCUUUGGGUCAACCCGGUGAACCAAGCCGGCGACCCUGACUGCAUGCUGUGGAGCAACGACCAGGGACAGCUUUGCUAUAGCUGCAACUCCUGCAAGGCCGGACUUUUGGGGAACCUCAGGACAGAAUGGAGGAAGGCCAACAUAAUCCUGAUCGUGGCGGUUGUUGUACUCAUCUGGGUCUAUAUCAUUGCUUGUAGCGCCUUCCGGAAUGCUCAGACGGAGGACCUCUUCCGCCGCUACAAACAGGGUUGGACCUAAAUGGAAAAGGGAAAGAAAUUCGGGUUCCAUUUUACUGUUUUGCAGCUGUCCCCACUUUAGCAGUUUUAGGGCAUGGCUUAGUUUUCUACCUUUUCUUUCUUAUCUUUUUUGGUGGAAUCAUGAAUGUGCAUUUGUCUUGUAUGCAUUUGUACAUAUUAUCGCAUUCACAUGUGCUGUUCUAAUCUAGAAUGUAUGGACAGAAACAAGUUUGAAUAUUUGAAAUGCUUAAUAGAAUCUCAAUUAUCAU